AGGUGAGCUUUUGAAUUGAUUUUAAACGCUACCUUUUGGCAUUUCCAUGAAAUAGAAAUUCCUCUCUUUUUUUAUUGCCCUUCUCUGUAUGUUACUAUUUAGUGUCCUUUCUUUAUACAUUACUUUUUAGGGGGGUUUAUAUACAAAUUCCAUUUGAAGUAAGCUUUAGCUUUAGCCUUGUCCUUUGGAACUGGGGUGGGGCAAGGUGGGGUCUUCCACUAUCAAUGGCUUCUGUAUUGAGAGGAGAUUAGUGACAUGGAUCCCAACUCUUGUUCAAACAUUGAAGCUGAAACCAAAGAGAUGGAUGUUAGAAGCCUGUCGGCCUCACACCAACACUCGCAGUAUCUUCACAAGGUAGGGAUUCCCCCUAAGCAAAACCUCUUGAGGGAAUUCAUUGCCAGGGUGAAAGAAACAUUAUUUGCCGAUGAUCCUUUGCGACCCUUCAAGGAUCAACCAAGGUCUCGAAAGCUUGUCCUCGGCAUCGAGGCCAUCUUCCCGAUUUUCGAAUGGGGAAGGAGUUACAACUGGAGAAAAUUUAGAGGUGAUCUCAUUGCUGGACUCACAAUCGCAAGUCUCUGCAUUCCUCAGGACAUUGGUUAUGCAAGGCUAGCAAACUUGGCUCCACAGUAUGGACUUUACUCCAGCUUUGUUCCACCAUUGAUUUAUGCCUUCAUGGGAAGUUCAAGAGACAUCGCGAUUGGACCAGUUGCUGUGGUAUCUCUUUUACUAGGGUCAAUGCUUUCAAAUGAGAUUGACCCUAAUCAAAAUGAAGCCGAGUAUCUGCGGCUUGCAUUUACAGCUACCUUUUUUGCUGGGAUCACUCAAAUAACUCUUGGUUUUCUCAGGUUGGGAUUCUUGAUUGACUUCUUGUCACAUGCUGCCAUCAUCGGUUUUAUGGCUGGAGCUGCGAUUACAAUCGCCCUCCAACAGCUUAAAGGUCUUCUUGGUAUACAAAAAUUUACAAAGAAAACAGAUAUUAUUUCUGUAAUGCGCUCUGUAUGGGGCAGUGUCCAUCAUGGAUGGAACUGGCAGACUAUACUCAUCGGAGUUAGCUUUUUAUCCUUCCUGCUGUUAACCAAGUACAUUGGGAAAAAGAACAAGAAGUUCUUCUGGGUGCCUGCAAUAGCUCCUUUGAUAUCAGUUAUUCUCUCCACCUUUUUCGUUUAUAUAACACAUGCAGAAAAGAAAGGAGUCCAGAUUGUGAAAAACAUUGAGAAAGGAAUCAAUCCCUCAUCGGUAAAUCAAAUUUAUUUCACUGGUGACUAUCUUCUUAAAGGUUUAAAGAUUGGUGUUGUGGCGGGUAUGAUAGCAUUGACGGAAGCUGUGGCCAUUGGGCGAACUUUUGCUUCGAUGAAAGACUACCAACUAGAUGGAAACAAAGAAAUGGUGGCGUUAGGAGCAAUGAAUGUAGUCGGUUCAUUGGCUUCCUGCUAUGUAGCCACAGGGUCAUUUUCUCGAUCAGCAGUAAAUUUCAUGUCUGGCUGCGAAACUGCUGUUUCUAAUAUCAUCAUGUCCUGUGUUGUAUUUCUGACUUUAGAAUUCUUAACACCUCUGUUCAAAUACACCCCAAAUGCUAUUCUCGCUGCCAUCAUUAUAUCUGCUGUGAUUGGACUUAUCGAUGUUAAGGCAGCGAUUUUGGUAUGGAAGAUUGAUAAAUUCGAUUUUGUUGCAUGCUUGGGAGCCUUUCUUGGAGUAGUAUUUGCGUCAGUCGAGAUUGGCCUCCUAAUUGCUGUCAUAAUAUCCUUUGCUAAAAUCCUCUUACAAGUUACUAGACCUCGAACGGCGAUACUAGGGAAGGUACCGAGGACUAAUGUGUACCGAAAUAUACUACAAUAUCCAGAAGCAACUAAAGUUCCAGGGGUUUUGAUUGUGAGAGUUGAUUCUGCUAUUUACUUUUCCAACUCUAAUUAUGUCAAGGAGAGGAUACUGAGAUGGUUGAUGGAUGAAGAAGAGAAAGUAAAAGCUGCAUGUCAACCAACAAUCCAUUUUUUGAUAGUUGAGAUGUCGCCUGUUACCGACAUUGAUACCAGUGGCAUCCAUGCCUUGGAAGAACUACACAGGAGUCUUGAGAAAAAGAAUAUUCAGCUUAUACUAGCAAAUCCUGGACCCAUGGUGAUGGACAAGCUCGAGGCAUCGAAAUUUGCAAACUUAAUCGGAGACGACAAGAUCUUCUUGACGGUCGCAGAUGCAGUGUCAUCAUGUUCUCCAAAACGGGUGGAAAAUGUCUGAACAGUGUAGAUUUCCAGUAUGGGAAGAGAGGGAGGGGGUCUGUAAUGAAGGUUGAUAAUGAAUGGGUGAAUUAUAGAGGGUGUUUUUAAGUGGGAAUGGCUGACAUAAUACUCCAAAAGGACAAAUAGUAAAAAGUGUACAAUGUGGUGUGGAUAAGGUUAUUGUCUAUAGGAUCCUUCCUUUUUUUUUUUCUUUUUUUAGCUUUUUAACCAUAGGGAAUCACUUUUACUCAAAACACCAAUCAUUGUUUACCAAUUGACAUCUAGUGAUGUAAGCAAGAACUUUUUGUUUUCUACGAGUUGAGCAACUACAUACAAUAAUGGUGAACAUAGACGCAAAUGGGUGCUACAUCCAUUAAGAAUCCAA